CUCGGCACAUUGGCCACUCGUGGGUAAAGGUCGCCGGAACAUCGUUGAGAAAGCAAACACUCGUCUUAAAAAUCAUGAAUAAAGUGGACCUGUUAAUAAUACAGCGUUCGUAUUAAGUCGAAAUAAACGAUGGACGUGUCACGGUAUCACCAUCUAUCACCGCCGUUUCCCACUUUCAUACCAAACCCAAUUUCGUAGAGCUUCAGACUGGCGUGAUUGAGGAAGAACAGUUUUACUGUUGAAGUGAACAUGUGACAAGAUUGAAAACAAAUGGUACUGGUUCCAUCGUAAAACAAGACAAGCCUGACGUUAUGCCAAGAUGCUGCACAAACCUACUGGAGAUCUUUCACCUACAGAACUAAGUUUGAUGAUAACCUCAUGUAGAAUAAGAGUGCAAUGGUGAUGUAGAUGAGGCUUCUUCAAAGACACUGCAAUGGCUGAACGAUCCUGACGAACAUCUUAUACGAUACUUCUCAAGGAAACAUGGAGGAAAUAAUCAUUGGCUUUUAUAUUUUCUAGAUUUACUAAAAUAAUAUAAUUCAGUGGACGAGGUCGGGUUCGUGUAGAGGCAUGAUCCAGUCUUUAAGUCAAGGGUUCCAGGUGUUUAAGAAAAAAAGACGCGGGCGUCUGUAUAAAAAUCAUUCCAGGAACAACAUAGAAGAUAAGAAUGAGUGUAAACAUAUGGACUAAGAAACUAAGAUCAGGAAGUGAUUAUAUGAAGUUCAUCAAAGAUACCUCGAGAUUGAACAAAAAGAGGAUACCAUUAUUGGUAUUACCUGGUCCUCCUGGUCUCUACAAAGGGACGUAAAUAUUUAUUGGACAAUAGUGUAGUAAGAGCUGAUCGCGGGGACUGUUUGACGUAUUAUUCAUUGGGCCUAGCAAGAUACUCGUCAGUGACAAUGCUCACCAGGACACUUCGUUUAGGUGCUCUCCGCAUUGGAAGAAUUUUAUCAUGUAAGUCGAGGUUUUGGCCCUCCCUUGCUCUAGUGACUAUCGUGCUUUAUCUCAUUGGAUCAUUGUCAUUCAUGCUUCAGGACAAAUCUUUAUCAAGUCUAGGCUUUGUACAUAAUUCCGAUACAAAGCUCAGGGAACUGCUGGAUUUACCAAGUCUCAGGGACCAACCGCCGUCGUCUUGCAAAGCUAAGAUAAAGGUGAUCGACGAUCAGGCUUUGGGAGACGGUUGCUUCUUCCGUGAUCGUAUACAUUGCGACGGCAUGCCGACAAUCAAUUCCGCUUUUGUAGACGUGGUCGAUAGUAACGUCGUGUUUAUCGGCACUCACUUCCAGAAUGAUUCGUGGAUCAACGAUACAUUCCUUUGCGAAUUUCCCGAUGGCAAUGUAUCGAUGGUAGAUCCUUUGAUUGUUGAUGAUCGCAGCAUGGGUGCACAGCCGCAGUAUGUCUUCGUCAUGACCUGCCUGGUGCCGGCGAUCUACCUCACCUCUUUCUUACCGCAUGAUCUUCCAACCAAGCUUGAGGUGGACCUCAUCAAACUCUCAACUCCGGUUCAAAGCUAUCGCAACAUACCACUCUGUAAAGCCGGAUGGAAUAAAGUCCAUUAUGUAUCCAUUUGUACGAUGGUCAAUAACGUUGAUGAAUACUUUGAAGAUUGGUUGUUGUAUUACCGUUACAUGGGGAUCGACCAUGUGUAUGUGUAUGACAAUUCUAAAGAUGGAACAUUGGUAGGAGUUCUCGAUCGCUUCAUCAGCCUUGGAUUCGUCACCAUAAUCCCUUGGGCGCAUACUUUCACACCGACAAAGACAUACCUCGAGGUCCAAAUCGCUCAUGAAAACGACUGCCUUUGGCGACAUCGACACGACACGGACUGGAUCCUUAAAAUCGACGUCGAUGAAUUUAUGCAGCCGAUGUUCGAGGCACCCACCAGACUGGUCGAUUUCCUGCACGGGUUUGAAGAAAAGCUACCGCCAUCGGUGGGCAUCGUCCGCGUUCGGAACUGGUUCUUUUCGCGUCCGUCGUCGAACGUUAGCAAGGCGAUCAUGUCGGGAAAUUCUGUCAUCGAGAGAAAUCCUUGGCGGAGUCCCGAACCGACUCGAGAAGGGCGUGGUCGCGAAAAGUGUUUCAUCCGUCCCCAAUGGGUGCAUUACUUCAAGAUACACGCCAUGAAACUCGGCGGUGACAGUGUGACUUUGAAUCCCUAUACUGAAAUACGACUUGCACAUUACAGAAGUGAGAAUCCAAGGCAUCGAAAUUUUCACAUUCACAAAUUCAUCCCGGAUGAUAGCAUGGUGAAAUUAUGGAAGGCAAUAAAUAGAUGGGUCCUUUUCACCAAGGACAGGGUAGUUGUCUACGGUUAUAGGAAACACAGAUAUAUAACAUGAUCAAUUCGGUCACUUCUAAGGGUAAGCAAGCAUGCAAAAAUGUUGCCACCAUGCAGCGUUGCCAAAUUCUGCGUUCUGUAUUGAAUUUUUAUAUUUGAAUAAACAUUAUUUCAAGUAGAACUCAGGUGAUCUAUUGUAUUGCAUAACUUUAGCUAAUGUUAUUGGCAUUUCGAUAUUAACAUGUAUAAGCGAAAGAUAUGCUCAAACCCAGUAUUUUAAUGCUUUUCACUGCCUUGGGAGUGUUUUGGGUGCAUGGAUGCAAUGAUUUUGUUUUCCUGCUUUAUUCGUUAAUUGAAACAAACUUUUGAAAUAAAUAUAAUAGAAAUGUUACCUUAAUUUUUGUUUUCGGAAGCUUAUCAGGCACUGUGUCGAAUCCUAGCAGAGACUCAACCAUUUACGAAGCAUGUUGUCACGCAUUCAUUCGUAUGUAACACAAUCUGAAAUGUAUUUGAACCUGUAUACCUAUAGAAGCAGAUAUUCACCACAUUCAAAAUAAAAUUUUACAUGAUAUAUUUCUGAAAAAUAUAAGUGGGUCGUAAUAUAGCAUGACCUUGCGUAAAGAAGAGAAUAUCAAAAAGGUAAACCACGUAGUCUUUACUAUUUCAUAGAACAUUAGCUGAAAAAUAAGGAUUCUCACUGUUUUCAGUAAUUUAAGAUUGUGGAAAUUAAUACCUUCUAGUUAUAAGGGGUACACUCUCAAAAUGACAGGAUGAAAAAGGGUAAAAUACCAUUAAGACCAAGGAGUUACAAACGAUAUCAUUCAUUCGGCUUAUUUCCCCUCUUCCAGUCUUACUCGUUUAGAGUGUACAUGUAAUUAUAUGGAUUAUGAACAUAAUCCAUUAUGUUCGUUAUAUGAACGUUAUAAUUUAGCUAACAUCAAUGCAUGAAUGAGAAAUAGCAUGAAGUCCAAGUUGGGGCGAAAUUGAGUUGGAAUGCGGUUUAUUGCUCUUUGACCAUAAGUCCAUACAAAAGUCCAUUAUUUAUAGUUCUUUGUGUAUUGAGUUUCCCCUGAAAUCAGCCAAAAAAUGAUGAUGCUCCAAUUUGUCAUUGCUUACAUUUCAUAUUGAAUAUUGACAAUAAUUAACAAAAAAAAACAAAUUAAUGACGGAAGUAUGUUAUGCUUCGCAGAAUCAUACGGUAAAUACGUGUGUUUGGCAAUCAUAGCAAUAUAGACUGAUAUAAUGAUCAAUUAACCAACCUCAUUGAACCUCGGUCUGCCAUGUCUAGCAGUAUCAGCGAUUGUCGGUGUGUUAUUUUCUGCGAAUGCAAUCAAUCUGUUCGUGAUAAUUGUGGCAAUUGAAUGUUGACUCAAAUACAAUAUUAUAUUCCUUUUUGAUAAUGUAUAAUUCAAUAUGUAUAUUAUGUAUAAGACCCGCAUCACUUUGUAAUGGAAAUAGACCGCUCUAAAUUAUGCACAAAAGUUUUUGUUAUAUAUUGCCUUAAUGAGUAUGCACAUGAAGUCAUUAACCGGUAUUAUGCAAGUUCGAGUCGAUAGAUAGCUGAUUUAUUUAUGCGUGCACGGUUCGUUUACACAUAGACCUACCUCAAUCGUAUUAUUUUUUGAAGAAAAAUAAAUAAAACAACAAAAGUCU